AUGUGGCACCUCAGCGCGCGGUACCCUGAUUUCGUGAUGUCCGGAACCUUGUUGCCUGCAGAUGCUGUCUGUUUUACCAGCGCAUCAUUGGAAGCCUUCGUUGCGACCGCCGGCUUUUGGCGGCCGCCUCCAUCGCAGAAGAUUGCAACGGAUGCCUGCAGCAUCGACUUAGACCAGCUUCCGCUGCCAGGUCACGCUGCUCUGCAGCGCAGUCUUUCAGGAUGCGGGCUUCCACGGGUUAUAUGGAUGUUUUGGGCACAAGGCCACGAGGGAUUGGGAGCCUUCCGACGAGCCUGUAUCAAUUCAUGGAUGUGCAGAAAUCCGGCGUGGCAAGUCAUGCUGCUCAGUGCGCAGUCCUGCUUCCAGUAUCUGUCGGAAACAGACCUGCCAACCACAUGGCGCCACAUCCGACUGGAUGCUCAGGCUGAUGCGGUCCGCCUGGCACUGCUCUCCAAGUACGGCGGAGUUUAUGUGGAUGUUAGCGUUGUUUGUAACCAGGGCUUGGACCAGUGGCUGGUACCUCACAUGGACGGAAGAGUCACCCUCGCAGCCUUUGUGUUCAGGCAAUUCGGGCGCAGAGACUGCUGUAACCACGGAGAGUACAUAGAGAACUGGUUCCUCGCGUGUCCAAAAAAUAGCGACCUCGUUCGAAGCUGGCAAGCUGCCUUUCUGCGAUUUUGGGAUGGCCGGACAAGCGCAACGGAUCAUGGAGGUUUGCAAGCCAGCUCCAUGUUCAAGGGAGUCGAUUUGAGCUGCAUGCAGGAGUCGCAGAAGAAUUAUUUGACAAUGCACUGUUGUUUCAAGUGGCUGAUUGAUUCAGACUGGCGGGCUAGGCAUCUAUGGAAAACCACGACCGUGCUUUUCUCUGCCGAUGACGCACUGGGCUGGAUUCUCGAACUGGAGGGCAUAGGUACGGACUGGUUGAAGAGCAAUGUCGCCGGGCGCCACGUUUCGCGGUGGUUGUACCAGGAUGAUGUUGCGUGGGUAUCUGCGCUUGUGCAGAGGGCACCGGUUCUGAAAUUCGUGGGUCUGCAUGCGCAGGUUCUUGAUAAGCAACCGUCCCAGCACUUGCUCCGCACCGGGAGUUGCAUGCGUCGUUUGAUGCAGCAUGCUUUGCCGAAGCAUUGCUGCACUGAAGUCCUUGACUGCCACAAGGCGGUUGAGAUUGUCAAGUUGGAGUUCGAAUUGGCCGAAUGA